UAGGUUCCCCUCCCACCCCACCUCUCACUUCUUCUUCCUCACCAUGGUCGACAAUCAGUUGGCGAAUAUCGUCAACCCAUGUGUUUGAUACUAUCAUCCUAAGAACCAAGGUACUUGGAGCCCAUAGUUUGAGUAAGCCUCAUAGUCCCAGAGAUGGCGGGCUUGAAUCAACUACCAGAGGAACUACAGCUUGCCACAGCCCAACACGUCAAGUAUAUACAAAGUCUAGACACAAGAAAGGACGAGUACGAUUACUGGCUUACCGAGCAUCUGCGUUUAAAUGGGCUCUACUGGGGAUUGACUGCACUACACCUCCUCAGGCAUCCCAAUGCGCUUCCUCGAGACGAGACAGUCGACUUUGUCUUAUCAUGUCAACAUGAAAAUGGGGGGUUCGGUGCUGCACCAGGCCACGAUGCACACAUGCUCUACACCGUCAGCGCUGUGCAGAUUCUUGCUCUGGUCGACGCCUUUGACGAGCUUGAGACGCGCGGCACCGGCAAGCUGAAGGUUGCGCAAUUCAUGGCAGGACUACAGGAUCGAGAAAAGGGCACCUUCGCUGGUGACGAAUGGGGAGAAGAAGACACUCGCUUCCUGUACGGAGCACUGAAUGCCUUAUCCCUUCUUGACAUGCUACAUCUAGUCGACGUCGACAAGGCAGUGAAACACGUUGCUGCUUGCGCCAACUUCGACGGCGGAUAUGGUGUCAACCCGGGCGACGAGUCGCAUUCCGGUCAGAUCUUCACCUGUGUAGCUGCGCUUACUAUAGCCAAGAGACAAGACCUGAUCGAUGUAGACAGGCUAGCUGGGUGGUUGAGCGAGCGACAGCUUCCAAACGGUGGCUUGAACGGCCGACCAGAGAAGAAAGAAGACGUUUGCUAUAGCUGGUGGGUCUUGAGUAGUCUCUCGAUGAUUGACCGCGCACACUGGAUCGAUCGAGAGAAACUCAUCGGCUUCAUCCUGCAAUCUCAAGAUAUCGAGAAUGGCGGCAUAUCGGACCGACCUGGUAACAUGGUCGAUGUCUGGCAUACGCUUUUCGGUCUCACCGGCUUGAGCCUUUUAGGUUACCCCGGUCUGGAUGAUAUUGACCCUGUGUACUGCCUACCAAAAUCCACGAUUCAGCGUAUAAUAGGCAAGCAGACUUAGACCAAUCCAAAGGAGCGAGAUACGCUGUUUGCCAUGUUAGAUGAACUAUUUUUGACUUUCCAAUACACUCAUCCAACUAGAAUAAAACGCAUAUCCCCACUCUUGUGGCUGGUUAACCUCACCUCUUGCUACACAUUCAACUCCAUGGCUUUGGAGUGGAGAUAAAGGAGAAGUAGGAUCCAUCCCCAGACGUUUAGUGUUGUGCCGGGGCAGAAAACGCAUGUGAUGUCCAUGAUUAAGCAAAGCAUAUUGUACACCAGUCAGUAGGCUAUCAAGCCAUUCAUGUAAAGUCAUUAUAUAUCAUUGAGACAUGUACUUGCAAUGAGAUAAUGUUCCAGUCGAGUGCAACGUUGAUUUAUACAGUCAUUAGGGUGUCGCACUCCACUGAUCAUUCGAUUUUUCUUCAUGUCCCGGAGUCUCUUGGAAUAAAACAUUUGUCCUAAGUGAAUAACUACUUGGGUAUACCAAUCAUCAGACAUCUCAUGGGGAGUUAUCGACCUUGCUGAGAAAAUGAUAGCAUGGUGACAGCUAAAGG